GUGUGCGCGCAACGCGACGCACAGCGCACAGCGCGGCAGUCCAAGCCUUUUCGCCAGAAACGCGACAUCGGAGCGUCUUUGACUGCCAGACCCCAGAACGGACUACUGUACCGCUCUUUACCGCGCUUUUGGAACGAAGAGUCGGCCGAUUGGGCGGCUUACCGAAAGCCGUCCAAGUCCGUGAAUCAAUGGCCCAUAUCUCAGUUGAGUACCACGUCCAUAUCCACAUUUAUGGAUAGCACAGUACAGUACACUACUGUACGGGCACCCUACUAUUGGUGUAACCACCAUGCGGCCAGCUGGGCAGCAAUUCUCGCCUUCCUCUCCCCGCCUGCUUUUCCAAGAAGGCGCCUUCUCCGAGAACGACUCGCUCUCGCUCCAGGCUGCCUAGUAUGAUCGAAUGGACCGCCGCGGCGGUCUCGUUGUCCGACAGCGACGCUUCUCUCACAUGCUAGCGAGCGUCGGCUCGACAAGCAAGCAAGCCAGCAAGGCGUAGAAAAGAAGCUUGGUUCCAGCAGUCACCGUCAAUUCCAACUAACUUACCUUCGUCCGUUGAGACCGACAGCUUCGCAAACGCCGUUCCGCUUCACAACCGUAGACAGGCCAACCGAUACACCGACCCACCGAGCGACUUUGCCGUGUUCCAUGAUAGCGCGACUGUGCCGACUAGUACUAGCAACAAUACCGUGAACGUCGUUUCACCUCCCAGUCUUUUAAAGCACCAUGGACACCCUCCGUCUCCCUUACCUCACGGCGAGCUUCGACUUAAGAUCGUUCUCCCAAUACCGACUCCCCCUGCCAGGGGGAGCAGCAGCUCCUGUCACCUCUGAGGCACCCGCCAGUUCCGCCGUCGGUUCCGCUCUGGGUUGCGCACAAGCCGUAACCGCCUCAGCCCCCUCACACGUCCGCGCGACGUGCGCCCUUUGCUCGCGCCCCGCCGCGCUGCGCUGCGACGCGGAUCGCGCGAACCUCUGCCUGGACUGCGACACGGCGGUGCAUUCCGCCAACUGCAUCUUCCGCCGCCACGCGCGCUUCGUCCUCUGCACGCGCUGCGCCGCGCCGACGAACUGCCUCUGGCCGCCCGCCGCGGCUGGCGCAAACCACGCUCUUCCGCCGCGCGCAGUGUGCAGGGCAUGCCUCCCACCGCCUUCCGACGAAACGCUCCCCAAGCGCCAGAGGCUCGACACUUCCGCCUUGCUACCCCCGGGACUUGCGGACUCAAGCCGACUCAAUAACCUGUUCCAUCCCUACUCGGAGCAGCAGCAGCAGAAGCGUUCCACUACUGUUGCCUAUUUUAACUCCGGCGCACGAAGCCUGGCGGUAACUGGGAGCCAGAUUGAAGCCGCGUUUCCGCUGCUGAACGCGCUCUCGCAGUCAAAAGACGACCUCUCCGCGGACCUUCCACUCCCCUACUCCGCCUCCGCCAGCUCCCUCACUGCCCCCCCCCGCUCCCCCUCCAUCCCGCGGACGCUCCAGCUCUUCCCCGAGUCCCACGAGAGCGCAGCCGCGCAAUGCGGGGGUCAAGCGCACCAACAAGCACCGCCCCCGGUGGCCUGCGGCUUCCCAAGUCAGCCGGCGGCGGCGGCGGCGGCGGUGGCGGAAUGUGCUGCGGACGCCCGAAGUCCGCUGAGAGUCCUGGCGGACGCGGCGGGCGCGGAUGUAGCUGACGCGCGCGUGGCGGAAGCGGCGGACUUGCCGCCACUACCGGAGCUUGCUCUCCGCUUGCCAAGUACCCGCACCUCAGCAGCAGCAGUGCCUCCUGGUUCCUCGAAAAAGGGUUUAGGUGAUUUGCUGAAGGACCCUGCUGCGGGCACAAGCGAUGUUACCAGCAUAACCCUUCUCGGGAAAAGGAAAUUUGCGUUUAACGCGGACCUGUCAGCUGAAGCAGGCGCGCGGAAGCAGCAGCUGGCGCCGCUGCCGUCGCUGCUGGUUCCGUCAUUUUUGCAAAAUGCCUCCGCUAUACCACCACCGCUACUCGUCGACUCGAUAUCAACAUCAGCAGCAGCAGUGGCAUCGGCAUCAGCAGCACCAGCACCAGCGGUGGUAUCAGGAGCACCCCCUAAGCAGCCCGACAAGUAUUCCCACCUCUCUCCGCGCAGCAACUUGCGCCAUCAGGCUGCGGACGGCCUGCGCCGCAUCCUCUCCUCCUGGUGCGCCAAGCUGGCGCUGCGCGGCCCGCGCGUGGUCGACCUCGCGCUGCACGUGCUGCAGCGCGCGCUCAAGAGCCUCCCGCUUGGAUCCGUCGACAGCACCGCGCUGCGCGUGCUGCUCGCGGCGUGCCUGUGGGCGGCGGCGAAGCUGGACGGGCGGCAGACGGAUGUUCCCAAGGGCGCGGCGAUGUCUGCCGUGUCAUUGGUGGAGGUGGGCGUGCUACUGGCGGCGGAACUGCAGCUGAUGAAGAUGAUGAACUGGCAGCCAUUGGAAGGAUUCGAGGCCUGAUCUGAUCGCUCAGGAAAAGAUUGAUGAUGGCUACAUUCCCUUCCCUCCCUCCUAUCAGUUCUGAAAAUUUCUGACUGAGUCCCUGACUUAAAUCUCCGCAACUAGGACCAAGCUGGGUGCUGACCAUUUUUCGGAUCAGGGGGGAGAGAGGAGACACCAUUGAGGAGACACCAUUGAGGGAAUUUGCUACUAGCUGAGUUUUGAAGCGCCAGAUGAGGUGGAAAGAUAAGGGAGUCUUAGCUCGGGCAGUUGUCCACAUCGUCCCCUCUGUGGUGCUUUUCGCCAUUCUUCGCGCUGCUGCCGCAGCUUGAUUAUGCUGUAUUUCGUUAGCCUCGCUAGUAUACAGUUACAAUAGGUAUAUGGUUGCUUGUGUCCAGAAACCAAUACACA